AUGGCAUUAUUCACAAACCUUACAUUUUAUGUCUUCCCAGCACGCACAUCUGCUCGCGCAUACAAGAUCCGGCGAAAAGUCUAUGAAACCAAUGGGGCCGUAGUCCUAAGCACCCUUGACCCCAAAACAUCUCCAAAACCAACUCACAUCAUUGUUGACUCUGACUGGCUUGCACAACCAGAACGCGUGCGAGGAUCUGGAUUAGGACAUUCGGAAGUGUGGGCCGAACAGAAUGGCGAUGUGCCUAUAGUAUGCGACACAUGGGUUCUUGAGUGUAUGGCUCAGAACAAGAUACUUGAUGUGGGUCCGUUUCUUUUAAGAGCUACUGAACAAAAGAAUGCAGAAACAGAAUCUGACUCGGAAACAGAGUCUGAUUCCGAGCCCGAGCGGAAACCACAAAAGAAACUUGAGCAAAAACAAUUGCAUGGAAAGGAACCAGAGCAAAAGAUAACCGAUCCCGCGCAUAUAUACGAUACUGCUCUGGAGGGUGUGCGUACGGGAUCAGCUAAAGAAGAAGAAUCACCAAAUGCAGCGGCUUUACAAGGACUUAAGCGAUUACAAGAACAUUACAAUUCUUUGGAUGACCGCUGGCGAGCACUUGGAUACACACGUGCCAUUUCUGUUCUAUCACGAGAAACAACUCCAAUCCGAACCUUUCAGGAGGCCCGUGCGUUGCCUGGAAUUGGAGCCAGUCUUGCACGAAAGAUAGUGGAGCUAGCAGCAGGUCACACGGUUGAUCCACCGCUUGUUAGUGCGCUCGAUACUGUUGAGAUUAAAGCAAACGAGGAGCGUGCGGCGCUUGCCCAGAUUCAUGGUGUGGGCCCGGCCACGGCGAGAAAAUGGCAUGCGGCCGGGAUCCACACGCUAGCUGAUGUGCGCUCGCGGCUAUGGGACCAGCUGACGCCUGCACAACAGAUUGGAUUGGAUCAUGUUGAAGAUUUUGCGGCGCGGAUUCCGCGUGAGGAGGUAGAGCAGCAUUGGACUAUUAUCCGCGAAGCAGUGCAUGCGGUGGAUCCGAGUGCGGAGGCUCUGUGCAUGGGCAGUUUCCGGCGAGGGAGUGCUAUGUGUGGUGAUGUGGAUAUCGUUAUUACUCGUGCUGAGGCCACUGCAGCAGAUUUGCGGCGUGUUGUUGCUCGCGUGCUUGUCAAGCUAUUUGAAUCUGGGUACCUUGUUGCAUCUCUUUCAGGGCCCAUGCCUGGGGUAGACGGACCUGGGGAAUAUGAUUUUGGCGACGAUGGUGACGAUGGUGACGAUGAGAGUGAAUUGUCAGAUGAAAGUGAUGACGGAAAGGAAGAAGACAAUGAUGAUGAAGGCAAAAAAGGAUUCUCUCAAUUUUUGGACGAAUAUUCAAAGGCCACUAGUUCUACCGAUUUUUCUUCAAUUCCUCCUGCAAAGCGCUUGAAAUUGUCCCCUAGUCGGACCACCGAAACUUCUUCUCCGGGGACCCGUGCGGCUGCUGCUUGUACUACUGCCAACUCAUCGCCCUCACGUGGGGCCACGAGCCCCAGCCAGCCCUGCGGGUCUCAGCAAAGUUCUCCAGCUUCUUCUUCCAAUCUAUUCUCACCAAGAAUCUCCAAUUUUGCUGGAUCCAAAAAACCCAUUGCCCACAAGCAAAAGUAUAGACUUCCAAGACUGUGGAUGGGUGCAGGAGUUCUCCCGGAAGGUUCUCAAGGACUGGAAUCUGGCCAACCCCCGCGCUGGAGACGCAUUGACAUUAUUAUGGUACCCUGGGCUGAGCGUGGAGCCGCCAUGUUGCACUACACAGGCAGCGGGCUUUUCAAUCGAAGCAUGCGAAUCGUGGCCAUGCAGCGUGGGUACCAUCUUAGCAAUAAAGGGCUUUAUCGAGCUAUAGUACCUAAAGGCAGAAAGAGCUCCGGCGUCAAAGUGCGCCUAUGCAUACCCGAACAAUUGGUCGAAGCUACUGACGAAUACAAAAUCUUUGAAAUUUUAGGACUCCCAUACCGGCCGCCUAACGAACGCAGCAAAUAA